CCCGAGGCUCAGAGCCUCCAGCUCGCCCCGACCGCCCGGCACGGCACGGCACGGCACGGCACGGCACGGCACGGCACGGCACUCUCCGCACCACGAUGCCCAACUUCGCCGGCACCUGGAAGAUGCGCAGCAGCGAGAACUUCGAUGAGCUCCUCAAAGCGCUGGGGGUGAACGCUAUGCUGAGGAAGGUGGCCGUGGCGGCGGCCUCGAAGCCACACGUGGAGAUCCGCCAGGACGGGGACCAGUUCUACAUCAAGACCUCCACCACCGUGCGGACCACCGAGAUUAACUUCAAAGUCGGGGAGGGCUUCGAGGAGGAGACGGUGGACGGGCGGAAAUGCCGGAGUUUAGCCACUUGGGAGAAUGAAAACAAGAUCUACUGCACACAAACUCUUAUUGAGGGAGUGGGUCCUAAGACAUACUGGACUCGAGAACUAGCUAACGAUGAGCUGAUUUUGACUUUUGGUGCCGAUGACGUUGUGUGCACAAGAAUCUAUGUACGGGAGUGAACCAAACUUGUUGGUCUUUAAGGGUGAAAUGAAGGAUUGAGGGAAAACUCUGUGGAGCAAUACUCCAUAAUGAAUCUGUAUUCGUUACUAAUACAGCCUUGUAUGCGGCAAUGUAGAACAUACCAAAAUGUGUUCAUUUAUUUUGCAUAGUCUUUUCUCCUUUAGAUCACUUCAUUCUUCAUUUUUUACUUAAUGUUUUGAAUAGUUUGGUUUGAUCAGUUAUUAAAUUUGUUGGGCAAAAU